AUGCUCUGCCCUGCUGCCCUGCAGGUGUCCCUGCUCUCKGCCGCCCUCCUGCUCCUGUGCUGCGGCAUCCCGGAGACGGAGCAGAACAGCUACUGCCAGCAGAUCAUCACGCCCGACCACCUGGCCCAGCUGCAGGAGCUGGCUGACACACAGAUGCUGCACCCGGGCAGGGUCUCCUUCACCUUCAUCCAUAAGGAGCAACUGAAUGAUUCCAUCUGCUACGUGAAAGCCGCCUUUCCCUUGCUGGGGGAGCUGCUGGGCCGGACGGUGUUCAAGGAGAACUCGUCCAACGCCAGGAGGCUGCAGGUGGUGCAGCGCAUGUACAGCCGCAUCGACGAGAAUGUGGACCCCUGCAUCCGCGAGGAGGACGACGAGGAGAGAGAGCUCUCGCAGAACUGCCUGGCCGAGUUCAGCACAUCACCCUACGAGAUGCUGGUGCUGGUGAAGCGCUUCUUCGAGGAGCUCGCCGUGCUGCUGCAGCGCCAAGAGACCUUCGCCAAGGACUGCAGCCACGUGUACCGCGCGCGGUGCCCGUCGCCCCGGCGUCCCACCGCCUCGGCACCGGGUGUGGGGACAGAUGCCGCUGGCCAUGAGCUGUCCCCUGCCCUCCCUCCYGCCACGCAGCACUCCCUCUCUGCUUCUAGCGCCCCGGUGCCUUCUGGCCACCCCCACGGUGCCCUGGCUUGGCCACCCGCCACCGCCGCCGACGGGGGCUCGGGGACCGAGGAGGAACUGGGCGCCUGGCUCGGGGCGCCCGCGUCGCCCAGUCCUGCCAUGCAAGCGCCGGCCGCGCUCCCAGAUGCUCCUGGCACGGCCGGCCUGGUGGCGGGGGACAUCUCGGCACCGCCCGGGGGCGUGGGGCUGGCGCAGAGGGCUCCCCAAGCGGGCACGGCGGCACCGGAGCCCCCGGAGCGCCACGGAGCCUCCGUCCUGCUGCCGGAGGAGGCUCCCGGCGAGGCCAGCGGAGCCGGGCAGCCUGUGGGGCAGGCGCCACAGCCAGUGGCGCGGCUCCGCGUGCCGCGGCCGCCGGCAGCUCCGGAGCGGCACGCCGGCGCCUGGGGCCCGAGCGGCCCGCGCGAGCGCCACGCCGGCGGCCCCAGCGCUCACUCCCGCUUUGUCCCGAGCGCAGAGCAGCGCCGCAAGGAGCCGCGAGCCGCCGCGAGCCGCCGCGCGCCCCUGCUCGCCAGCGCCGUGGCCAGCGCCGUGGCUGUGCUGCUCGCCGUGGGCGGGCUGCUCUUCUACAAGCGCAGGAUCCUGCGGCGGCGGCCACAGCAGAGUGAGCAGGACCCGGAGGAGCCGGAGCGCCGGGUCCGAGAGGGGCCGCGAUGCUGCUCGGGGACCCCCGAGCCGGUGCCGCCGGGCCGGUGA